CAGCGCUUUACGACAGUUGCUUUGCGGCAGCUUGGGAGGAGGAAGAUGGCGGCCACCUUAGUAGCUCCUCGGGCAGCGGGACCGGCACCAGCAUGGGGACCAGAAGCCUUUGCCCCCGACUGGGAAGGCCGGGAAGUCUCCACAGGGACCACUAUUAUGGCCGUGCAGUUCGACGGGGGCGUGGUUUUGGGAGCCGACUCCAGAACUACCACUGGGUCCUACAUUGCCAACCGAGUGACUGACAAGCUGACCCCCAUUCAUGACCGAAUCUUCUGCUGCCGCUCAGGCUCGGCAGCUGAUACCCAGGCAGUAGCUGAUGCAGUCACUUAUCAGCUUGGCUUCCACAGCAUUGAACUGAAUGAGCCUCCACUGGUACACACAGCUGCCAGCCUCUUUAAGGAGAUGUGUUACCGAUACCGAGAAGAGCUCAUGGCAGGAAUCAUCAUUGCAGGCUGGGACCCUCAAGAGGGAGGACAGGUGUACUCAGUGCCCAUGGGAGGUAUGAUGGUUAGGCAGUCCUUCGCCAUUGGGGGUUCAGGGAGCUCCUACAUCUAUGGUUAUGUUGAUGCUACCUACCGGGAAGGCAUGACCAAGGAAGAGUGUCUGCAGUUCACUGCCAACGCUCUUGCUUUGGCCAUGGAGCGGGAUGGCUCAAGUGGAGGGGUGAUCCGCCUGGCAGCCAUUGCAGAAUCAGGGGUAGAGCGGCAGGUACUUUUGGGAGAUCAGAUCCCCAAAUUCAGCAUCGCCACUUUACCACCUCCUUAACUACUGGGACCCUAGGAUAUGAUAGGAGGCACCCCACACACAUACUAAAUCCAAUAAACACUUUGUUAAAGAGAA